AUGACCAUCGAGAUCAAUAGGGAAACCUUGAUCAGUUUCAAAGCUGUCAAGAGCUUCAAAAUGGGGGAAAACGAGGUAGCUCCCGUGACUUCUCUUAAUUUCGAUGACCACGGCCAAUACGCAUUGACAGCGGCUGCUAACGACAAUAUACAUCUGUACGAUGCUGUGGGAUGUCGAUUUCUGAACACGAUUGGUUCUAAGAAGUAUGGAUGUCAUUCAGCCAAGUUCACGCAUUCUCAGGCUGAGUGCAUAUAUUCAUCAACUAUGAAGAGCUUUGAUAUAAGGCAUCUGAACCUAGAAACAAAUCAGUACCUAAAAUACUUCACGGGUCACGGGGCCCUCGUGAGCAAUCUCGAGAUGAGUCCUCUCGACGACACUUUCCUGUCGGCUUCCUACGACGAAUCCGUACGGUUGUGGGAUCUUAGAACAUCGAAAGCACAGGCAAUAAUACCAAGUUUGGUGCCCAGCUGCAUUGCAUACGAUCCUAGCGGACUAGUCUUUGCGCUGGGAAACCCCGAAAACGGUGAGAUCGGACUAUACAACGUAAGACAAUUGAAAGCCGGUCCAUUUCUCGUCAUCAAGGUCGCUCCCGGAUUUCACCAGUGGACGAAAAUGGAGUUUUCAAACGAUGGCAAAUAUCUAUUGCUAGCAUCAUCGGCGGGCAAACAAGUGAUUUUAGAUGCAUUCGACGGUUCACAGCUGUUUGAACUCACUGGCACAAAACCUUUCCCUUUGAGAGAAUUCAUGGAUGCCGGAUCUGCCUGUUUCACUCCAGACGGCAGAUUCACGUUAGGAACUGAUUAUGCUGGAAGAAUAGCUCUGUGGAACCAUUCAGACUCUAUUAGCGGCAGAAACUUAAAACCUACUGGCUCCAUUCAAGCCGUGCCCGGUAGCUGCCCACGGACGAUAGCAUUCAAUCCAAAAUAUUCUAUGUUUAUAACUGCGGAUGAAAACGUAGACUUCUAUGUAUUUGAUGACGCGAAGUAA